UGCCGGAGCCGCGGGAGCCGCCGGCCCCCCGCAAUAUGCCUCCGCUGCCCUGGGGCUGCUCGCCAUGCCGGGCUCCUGCGGGCGCCUCUCCCCGCUGCUCCCGGCGCUGGCGGCCGCGAUGCUGCUGCUGCUGCUGACGGGGCGGCCGCCCCCCUCCGCCGCCGCCGCCGCCGCCGCCCCCCGCCCGCAGCAGCAGCGGGCGGCGCUGCCCGGGGGCGCCCCCGCCGCGGCCUCAGGAUCUGUUUUUACCCUCAAAGUCCAAGUCAAUGACAUCAUCAGUCACCAGUACCUGCGACAAGCGGUGGUGGAAGUGUUUGUGAACUACACGAAGACAAACUCUACUCUCACUGGAAACAAUGGAGCAGUGUUAAUAAAAGUGCCCUACAAACUGGGAUUAAGCCUCACCAUUGUCUCCUACAAGGAUGGCUACAUGCUGACACCUCUGCCUUGGAAGACUGCGAGGAUGCCAAUAUACUCGUCCGUGACACUUUCAUUAUUCCCACAAAAUCAAGCUAAUAUAUGGCUGUUUGAAGAUACUGUCUUAAUUACUGGAAAACUGUCUGAUGCCAAAUCUCAGCCAAGUGUUCAAUUUCCAAAAUUUUUAAUAAAGCUUCCAACAAAUCACCAUAUUACAAAUGUUACAGCCUAUCUGACAGUGCCAGAGCAAUUUCUGAAAGUGGACAGCUUUCUCUAUACAACAGGAAUUCUUCUAAAUAAAUCAGGUUUUAAAAGCAUGGAGUUAACUCCUCUUGCUGCCAUAUGUGUAAAUGUUCUUUUGACUGGGAAAGAACUGAAAGUAAACGGUCCCAUUCAGAUUACACUUCCUCUCCCCUCAACUACUGUAAAACCAGGAGAUGCUGUACCUGCAUGGACAUUUGAUAUGAAAACUGGCGCUUGGGUGAACCGCGGGCUGGGAAUGGUGAAGGAGGCAGAUGGUCAGUUGGUGUGGACAUACACUGCUCAGCACCUGGGCUACUGGAUAGCAGCUCCACUGCCUGGAACCAGAGAAUCCAUUAUUAGUGCAGUUUCCAAGGACAUAACAGCCUAUCACACAGUGUUCCUUACGGCCAUACUGGGAGGUACUGUUGUCAUCAUCGUCGGAUUUUUUGCUGUUCUUCUCUGUUACUGCAGGGAUAAAUGUCAUCGGACACAAAAGAAGGAGAAAAACACGACUAAGCUGGAGGUCAUCAAAAGAGACCAGACAACAUCAACAACUCACAUAAAUCACAUCAACGCUGUCAAAGGCUCUUUAAAGUUGGAGGAUAACUCCCAACUGUACACACCGAAGAUUUCCUCGUACAGCCCUCCGAGAAGGGUGUCCACAGACACAGAAGAUGGAAAAUCACGGGACAACUUUAAAAUCUACACCGAGGAUGCUUCUUACCAGUCAUCCUGUCAGACUGGCCCGUCCAGAAGUUCAGCCCAUUCACUGGAGCCUAGUGCUGGAGUGAGGCAUUUACAGCAGCCAAAGCUCAGUAACAGUGCUAUUUCCCAGGCUCCCCGGGACAUUCCAGACCCAAACAGGUACCUUUCAGUGAAAGAGGAGAUGUAUGGGCUUUCCCAUAUCCCUGAACAUCUCAUGCAUAUUUACAAUCAACCUAUUGCUAUUCUUCAGCCCUCUGACCUUUUCCACUCCCCGGAACAACUACAUCCUGCUAAAUCAGCCACUUUGCCAAGGAAAGGGCAGCUGGUGUAUGGCCCCAUGAUGGAGCCCAUGGACCGGGACAGUUACAUGCAGACACUGCCGAAAAUGCCAGGGCAUUCCCACCCCCAGCCUGCUGCCUGCAGGGAUGAGAGCAGUGCCCUGGAUGGGGAAGAGGGCCUGCCUUCCCAAACCUCCAACUGGGGCCGCUACACCAACAGCUUGCUGGAGUCUGUCUCUGUUCCCGGGACGUUGAAUGAAGCAGUUGUAAUGACUCCGUUUUCAUCUGAACUCCAAGGAAUUUCAGAACAAACGUUGCUGGAACUCUCCAAAGGAAAACCAUCUCCACACCCUCGAGCGUGGUUUGUGUCCUUGGACGGGAAACCAAUAGCUCAAGUGAGGCAUUCUUUCAUAGAUCUGAAAAAAGGCAGAAAAACAGAGAGUAAUGAUACCAGUCUGGACUCUGGUGUGGACAUGAAUGAGCAUCAUCCUAGCAGGAAACUGGAGAGAGAGAAAACUUUCAUUAAAAGUAUGCCACAUUCUAAGAUUCUUUACUUGGAAGAUCUGGAUCUGAGUAGCAGUGAAAGCGGGACCACUGUUUGCACUCCAGAGGACCAGGCUGUGAGGCACAUUAUGGAAGGAGGGAAUGGGCCAGUUGUAGAACAGCAUGAUGAGGAAGGUCUAAGAAAAAAAUCUGUAUCAGGAAGUCAUGAAUCUGGUAUCCUUUCUGCUAAAAAAAGGGAUAGACCACCUCUCACAAAAAGAGAUAGCAAAACCAAUAUCUGGAAGAAAAGAGAGGAGAGGCCGCUUAUUCCUAUAAAUUAAAACACAAUGUGCUUUGUGGUGUUGCUCUCCCUGCUAGUCGUUGACCUCUUGGCUGCUUCUGUAAUUCUGCAGUGUUGGGUUUACAAGGAAAAUGUUGCUUUCUAGUAUCAAGAAAAGUUUCAUUUUUGUAACGUACAGAUUGAGGUACGAAACUUCAAGUGGGCAAUUGAUAUUCAACGUGAAUUGAAAACAGGGAAAUGCUACCACUAAAAUUUUGCAUUUCCUAAUUUUACUGGCAGUGUGGAGAAGGCCCACAUUUUAAUUAGCCCGUCAUUCUUGGAUACACCCCUGGGAAUGCGCAGCGAGAAAUGUAGGCACAUGCUUUAAUUUUUUUGUACUUGUUGCUAAUGCAUUGGUAGCCUAGUUAAAGCCAUUCCUCAGCCUUGUUCCUAAUCUAUGUGACCAUCUGUACAGUAUUUUAUAUGUGAACUUUUCUAGGGAUCUGUUACUACUUCUUUGUAUGACGUAAAACGUUCCAUCCGUCGGUCCCACGACACCAGCAGAGGAGCUCUGCUGGAUUUCUCAGCGGAGCUCUGUGGCAUUCCUGCCCUCCCUGUGUGCCCAUCCAUGUGCAAAUUGCACGCAGCAGUGGCAGAAGGGGGCAGUGCACGAGGUCUGUGGCCGCUGCAGUUCCCGGUCCUCGCUGUCUGAGGUGUUUCCCAUCUGCUUUGUUAUGAACCCUGGAGGUCGAAGACUGAGAUCUGCUGGGAGGUGUCCACGUCCGGCAGGAAAGGACUGGUUCUGGUAGCAUUUGGAGCUGCAGUUGCUGCUGAGCCCAGUGUCUUGUUUUGGCUUCUUUUCCAGUUCAAAUCUGCAUGCUGUUGGGCCAGCUGUGCCCCACAAUCUUGAAUCCCUGCUUAUUUAUAAGAGAAAGGUUGGUCCAUGAUGAAAAAGUGUGCGAGUUUAGACAAACCAACACCUUUGAAAUAGUUUCUUUAUCAGGAAAGUUUGGCAGCAUUGCUUUUUAUUUUAUGUUCAGAAUGAUGGAAGAUCACUGGAGGUUUAUGUGCCUACAUUUUUGCCAGCCUGAGCUGCUUUUGUCUAGGUUUGCAGAGGAGUUAAACAGUCUUUAAAAGUUGGGGGGGAGGGUUAUGAGCAUGAGAGCAGAUGGCAAAAUUUGGUCUAUAAUGCAAUAUAAAUACUACUUAUGACUCAUCUUAGAGUUAAAUUUACCAAAAGUCAUGAAUGCAUGAAUUGUAACAAAGAUAUGUAUAGAGGAAGGAAAGGCCAUCAGAAUAUUCUUUAUUUUUAAUGUUCAUCUUGUCAAAGUGAUCAUUUCAGCUUUGGCUAACAGAAAAGUAGAUGUAUCUCUUAAUGUGCUUCAUGUAGUAUACAGAAUGUAUUUCUGUGGCUUUGAAGCUGUUUCCCUGAUGAAAUAAGUUCCAGCAUUUUGGCUUUGGCAGUUUGAUUAUAAAUCAUCCUAAAGAAAGCUUUAUGAAUAUUUCCCUUAUAGCUUGGUUAAAGUUCUGUACCAAGACCCAAACAUAGAAUGCCUUUAUGUGAAUUGUGGGGUGAGAUGUGCUGGGUUGUCUGCCCUGUAGUACACUCAAGAGUUAGGGAGUAUCCUAUGCAGCUGGGCUUCUGGGAAUAUUUACUCAGGAAAUGUUAAUGUGAAAUAUGUCUGUUAUGUUGGGAUUGUCAAGUGUGUAAUUAAAUUGGCCUAAAGAAUCUGAUUUAAUUAUACAGUUCAUCUACUUCAGAGGUGAAGAUGGCUUGUCAUAUCAGCAUGCCUUUGGUUCUCUUUUUAGGUAACUGGAAUUCAAUUGUCCUAUACAAAAUACAUUUUCACAAUACUUUUUUUUUUAAUAUGCAGUUUCAUUGGACUUUGUGUAUGACUCUCUAGCCCCAGAUAUUGAUAUUUUCAUCCCUUGCUUUGUUAUAUACAUUAGUAGAAAUCAAUUUAUAUAUGCACAUUUCUUCUGAAAGCUGCUGUGACUUUUGAGGUUCAAUAUUGCCCUGUUUGCAUCGUUUCUGGUGGCUCCCUUUUCAAAAAGAGACUAUUAUAUAUUCUGUUGCACAUAACAGAAAAUCCUUGACAAGCUAAUAGUUUUGAGGAGUUAAUAUUAAAUUACUGUGUCUCUACUUGAAAUUUCAGAUUUUUUUUAAUGCAUUUUUUCAUUGUAUAUACCAAAAAGACUGAAUUUCUCAAACUCACUUGUAUCAUUAAAACAUAUGGACUACUGUAAAUGGCUUUAUUUGUGAGUUCAAAGGAAGGAAGUUUGGCACUCCAUUGUUCUUGUUCUGCACCAGGAUAUCUGGUCAUCAAAGAAAAAAGAUUGGAAAUCCAACUCUAAAAUUCUUACAAUUAUAUUCAGUAUUUACAGAAUGUGUUGAGUCUUCAUGUUCCAGCUGCAUGUUGGAAUUUAUGCACUGGAAGAACCUGUGACUAAAAUUCUUUUUGGUUUUAGAUCAUUUAAAAAAGGAGUUCGACUCCACUGAGCUCUAAAAUUUUUAAUUCCACAGAUAACCAGACAGUAUGUGUAACGUGGAAAAGACAGAAUAUCACAAUGAAAUUUGUAUUCGUGGUCAAACUAGUGAUUUUCUGUAUAUGACUUCAACAUACAAAUUUAUAGGAAUCACUGAAAUGAUUUUUUGAAGAACACAAAUGUUUGCAAGAAUUACAUCUCAGUUCUUCCCAAGGCACUUCUCUGAGCUGUCAGCUCUUGCACAUCCAGGUAGAUACAGUUUUAAGUGCAAGGUGUCAGGUAAACACAGAACACUCAGGACCAAAUUCGGUCAUAUAUUUAAGGUGAAAAGCAGUUUUAAUAAACUUCAGGAAAGUUUCCCCACCAUGGUUAUGAUACAUGAUGUUGAGGGGGUUCUUGGAGAAGGAUAUAUGGCUUCCAGAUCUUACCUGUUUUUAAUAAGGUGAUUAGUGGAGUUAUAGCCAAGACUCGUUUUUGUUAAUUAACUCAUGUGGCUUAGGGCCAGUACUUUGAUGUAAGUUAAAUCAGGCUGAACAGUGUGCAGCUGUAUGCACUGUAAUCUGGAUAUGGGACUUAGAAUAAGCUAACUGCCAGUAUUUUUCAGAUUGUUAGCAAAUGCUAGAUAUUAGAGAAUAAAAAAAAAAAAAGGUGGGGGAAUCACUUAAAGGAGGGACAUUAUUAACCAACACAGAGCUAGAGGUGACACGCCAAAAAUAAUUCAGGAUGGAGGAGUGUUUAGUUGUCUGCUUUGUUUUAUGCAGUAAUUUGUACCAAAGAGGAUGAAAUGAAGGGGCACCAGUCUGAACUCUUCUGGUUGGUUCAAAAGUGGCACAGGUUCACCACACUGCUGCUCUAACACUGUGCAGAUGAAAAGGCAGUACACUACAUCCAGUGCUGCAUAUUAAAUAAAAUCUGAAGAUUAAUUAGCCUGCUGAAGUGCCUUUCUCUUUCAUCAGACUUAUUUUAUCAGUGGGACACCUGACUAUCUGAAAAGCACAUUUUGCUUUUUUUUUUUUUUUCUGUUAGCCAAAAAAAGCCUCGAUUCAUACAGUUAUGUAGCUUUUAUAAUAUUUUAAAAGACAGAUCUAGUGGUUUUUUUUAAUGUUGGAAUACUGACUCCUGCAUGUUGAUGAUGAUGGUAAUUGUUGUAAGCCCUAGUUUUUGUAUCUUCUGUUUGAAAAGAAAUUAAAAAAAAUAUAUCUUUAGCAAUCUGAACAGUAGUAUCUUUUAAAAAAUGCACAGAUGGGAUUUGAUUCAACUUCAUAUGUCAAGAGUGAGUGUUUUGAAGGCACUGGACUUACAGAUAUCAAACUGACUGGGAUUUUAACUUCAAAAAUGAAAUUAAUAUAUGUUUAUAUAUAAAAACUAAUAUAAAAAUCCUUUUUUUUCAGCUGCUAACCUCCUUGCCAGUAGCAGCACAGACUUUAUGGAGAUGGGUAUUUAAGUCUUAUUUUCUAGAAUCAAUUUUUAUCUCAAUUUGGGGCCUAAUCUGCAUUGUUUAUAUAACCUAAGCUUCUGGUUUUUAAGUAUUUUUUUUUAAAUUCAGUAGAAUUAUGCAAAACACAGUACUAUGCCUACAGAGUUAAAAUGAGCAUUCUUUUGUAGUAGUUGGCACUAAUUGGUGCCAAGUUCUAACAGUAGGCAGCUACAUUUGUGUUAAAGAAUUUAUAUGAAGGGGGGGGUUAAUGAUUUGAAUCUGAGCUUCAUAUUCUUUUAAAAGCAGCAUUCAUUGUGUUCUGAUUACAAAACAAAAAAAAAAACUUCAGGUUUUUUUUUUUAAGACUGGCAGGGGAAAACUGUGUCAUUAUUUUUCUCGUUAGCACUCUAAGCUUGAAAACUGUUUUACCAAAUGCAUUUUUUUUCUGUCGGUUUAAGACUUGCUGAACAUUCCUAUAAUUCCUUCUCCCCAAAAUGUCCUGGUACUUUAUUUCCCAGUUAACUGAUUUAAUUCCUUUGAAGCACUUGUUGCACUUCAGCCCAUGUUAGAACAGUAAUAUUUUUACAUGUUAUUGUGUAGAAAGGCAGUUUUUAGUGCUCAUUAGAGCAUGGAGUUCAUACAAAGCCUGGCUCUGGAUGGUGCAAGGCAGGGGAACUGAUGGCACUGACUGUGCUCCCCACCUUGCAUUUUGGAGCCUUAUCUUCAACAAACACUUCAUUACCUUGGCAAUCAUUUUCAAAAACCCCCUGGUAUAGAUAUUGUUUAUGUAAAGCAUUCCUGAUAUUCGGCAUCCUGGUUUGCAGUAUUUCUACCUUUUUAUAUUUUGUCAGAGGUGUCUUUUCAUCUCUGUAUUUAAAUUCAGUAUCAGUGUAUCUGUUGCUGAAAAUGUAACUAAGAUUUGUAAAAUGUUAUACCUUAUGCAAUAUAAUAAAAAUUUUGAAAAGUUC